GAAUUUUUUUCUGUUUGUGUGUUUACCAUCUGACAACGUGGUCCAAUCGAUGUUUUUUUUCCAAAUUUUUGAAAAAUUUCAUUUUGAAAAUUUGUUCAAAGUAAAACAAUGUCUGAUCAAGAAUCGCUAAGUCAACUUUUAUUGGAAAAAUUAAAUCUAUUACAAUCACCGAAUGAAAAGAUAAAUUCAUUAGAUUUUGCACAAGAAAAUCAAUUUGAACAUCAAAAAAUUGUUGGUGCUGUAAAAUCAUUACAAUCACUUGGUGAUUUAAUUCAAUCAAAUCAAGUGGAAUCAAAACGUUUUGAAUUGACCGAUGAAGGUGAACAAAUUGUUGAAAAUGGUAGUCAUGAAUUUCGUGUUUGGUCAGCCAUACCCAACGAUGGAUCAAUAUUACAAUCUGAUCUAAUGAAAUCAAUACCGGAUUCAAAUGUUUCGAAAUUAGGUUUUGCAAAAGCAAUGUCAAACAAAUGGAUAGCUAUUGAUAAAUCAUCCGGUAAACCAAUGGUGAAAAGAAAUUUAACAAAUGUUAAAGAUGAAAUUCGUGUUCUACUUAAAUUGGUACAAAGUGGUGCUGCUAACAAGUUAAACGAUUCACAACGAAAUGAUCUUAAAAAACGCAAAUUAAUACAAGAAAUUUUGGAAAAAAGUUAUGACAUUCAACGUGGCCAGAAUUUCCAAACUACAAUUGAAAAACCUGAAACCGAUUUGAAUGCCGAAAUGAUUACGCGUGGUACAUGGCGUACAAAAAAAUUUAAAGAAUAUAAUUUUAAUGCAAAAGGAAUUGCACCGGAUCGUGGUCAUCUACAUCCAUUACUUAAAGUUCGUGAACAAUUUAGACAAAUAUUUCUUGAAAUGGGUUUCGAAGAAAUGUCAACAAAUAAUUUUGUUGAAAGUUCAUUUUGGUGUUUCGAUACAUUGUUUGUACCACAAAAACAUCCAGCACGUGACCUACAAGAUACAUUUUAUAUUUCCGAUCCGGCUGAAUGUAAAGAUAUACCCCGUGAUUAUAUGGAACGUAUUCGUUCUGUACAUGAAAAUGGUGGUGAUUGUGGAUCAAUUGGUUAUCAAUAUGAAUGGAAAGAAUCGGAAACAAGGAAAAAUGUUCUUCGAACGCAUACAACAGCUGUAUCGGCAAGGAUGCUUUAUCGUGCUGCACAAGAAUUUAAACGUUCUUCUGGUGCAAGCGGCGAUGAUAAAGAAUUUAAACCGUUAAAAUUUUUUAGUAUUGAUCGUGUAUUUCGUAAUGAAACAUUGGAUGCAACACAUUUAGCUGAAUUUAGUCAAAUUGAAGGUGUUGUUGCUGAUCGUAAUCUAACAUUAGGUCAUUUAAUGGGAAUGAUAAAAGCAUUUUUUGAAAAAUUAGGUAUCAAUGAUAUACGAUUUAAACCAACAUAUAAUCCUUACACAGAACCAUCAAUGGAAAUGUAUAGUUGGCAUUCAGGUUUUGGUAAAUGGGUUGAAAUAGGUAAUUCUGGUCUAUUUCGACCGGAAAUGUUAAAACCAAUGGAAUUACCUGAUGAUAUUAAUGUAUUAGGUUGGGGUUUAUCAUUGGAACGACCAACAAUGAUUAAAUAUGGUAUAUCUAAUAUACGUGAUCUGGUUGGACAUAAAAUUGAUUUACAAAUGGUUUAUGAUAAUCCUGUUUGUAUUCUUGAACCAAGACAGCAGCAGCAACAACAACCGGUUACAGUGUAACGUCGUCAUGAAAUUAUUAUUAUUAUUAUUUCCGUUGAAAUGUGAUUUUUUUUUGGCUAAAUAAAAAUUUUUACAAAAAAAAAAUUCCU